UGCGGAGGAGCUUAGUCGCCGAAGAAUGAAUUUGUUUUCCUGAUUUGCGAGAAAGAUGAUUGUUUUCGUCUGGAGAAAGUUGAUUCGUCAUGCGAAAUCGGAAUUAACAGUUAUAUCAUUAGCGUGAUAGAAUGAUUAGAAGCAAAAAGUCUUCUGCAAGACCUGAAAUAACGAUCGUCGAUGUGAGACCUUUGAAUCAAUCUCCUCUGAACAAUGAGCCUUUUCCCAGCCCAAGAUCCAUAUAUUCGCCAACAGAAAGCAAUCACAGUGGAAACGGGUUCGCAUUUGCCACGCUUCCUUCGUCCACGGGGCUCAUCAAGAAACAACGCCCCAAAUCAGAGAUUUACAACGGAUUUAACUCGCUCAGGUCAAUGAAGGCGACAAAAGUCGACGAAGAGCAGCUCAGAAAAGAAAGUAAGAAAGUAAGCCGAAGCAAGUCUCUCCAUGCCCCCAAAAAGCCCCCACGAGAACUGCCUCUACGCCAAGCACCGACGCCUCCUAGUUUGGAAUCAAAUGAAACCAAGGAUCAAGCAGCUUCAAUUAGCCCGUCAAGACCGGCACCUCCUAUUCCAAUGUUAUCAUUCAACAAAAAAGGACCUGCUUCAAAGCCAACAACUACUUCAGUGCAUCAAAAUGAAGAGAGCAAAGAGAAUAUGAGGAGAAUUCGUAGCAAAUCGACAAGUACCGUUGGUGAAAAAUCAAAAGCACGCGGGCCUUCUACAUUACCGCGCGGCAGGUCUUUUAAUAAUCACGGACAGAGACAGUUGAUCAAGACAACUCAAGAGGAAAAUGUUGUUAUUCUUACGCGUUCAAAUAGCGUCGAAGAAAAACGCGAACGGGACGUGAAACUUAAAAGUUUCGGGACAAAGGCUUCAAAGCCAAUUAACGGCCACUUAGUUCACGAGCAAGUAGGGACGACAGUUUCUUGUGAAUCCAAGGGAGCUGCAAUAACGGAAGAUACCAAUGUCUAUGACCCGCACGAGGAUACUAGAACCGCUUCCGUUGGGAGUGUCACGCUUAGUGAUGCGAUUCAAGCAAACGCUGUUUAUGCGCGGCUGCAGAUCAAAAACGAAGAAUUAACCAGUGUUGAACCAGAUAAAGUUAAGCAAGAUGAACAACUUCCCAGUCCUGUUUUAUCGUUAAAUGAUGCAAUAAAUUCUAGCCCUGUUCUAGCAAAAUUAAAAGAGAAGCAGAAAGAAUUUGACGAAUCUGUAUUUGUUGACAAUGAAAUUGGAAAGAGCUCUAAAACUGCAGAAUCGUACAAGGAUUCAAAACCUGAAGUUUUUGAUGAAGUCCAUUCUAUUCCAUCUGAUGACAGCCUGCGACAAAGCAUCGAAGUGCAGGGUCAGAGUGAAGCAGGCAAAGUUGUUACAGAUAAAGAGAGAACUAAAAGCAGGCCGAACGGCGUUUUGAAUGCCGUGAAACCGGUUGCCAAAUAUGUAGUUCAAACUGAAAAGCAACAUAGGACGAAUAAAGACGCUAGCGGAGAUGCGUUAAAUGGAGGCGUGGCGCUUGUAAAGCCAGGAAUUCGACGAAUGUCAGCUCCCCCUGCAGUGAAACCUAAACCAUCUGUUCCAAGAAGGCCCAGUCUUGGCAAGCAAAGAUCUUUCGAUGAAGGGAAGGAAAAUGAGGUUAAUAACUUAUCAAAGAAAUUUCCAGGAAGUGUCCAAAGUGAAGAGAUUAUAAACAGAAUUAGUACAAAAAUAACCUUGAAAGAAAACCUAAGCGAAGAAGGACUUUCAGAAAACAAAUUGAAAUCUGACUUAAACAACAAAGAUUUUUCUGAAAGCCUGAAAUCAGAAGGAGACAGUAUUUCCUGUAAACCAUCUGUUGUCAACCGGACAAUGUCCGAUUCAAAACAUAUUAUUAACUUUGAUAAAAAGGUUUUUGAUAAAACUGUAUUGACUCGAACGAAAUCAGAAUCUAGACCAAAUGGCAGAAAUGAUACACCAGACGAUAGUGUAUUUGAUGAAAUGCCGUUGAUUCCUCGGACGAAAUCAGAAUCUAGGCCAGGAAAGGAAGACAAAGCUGCUGAAGGCAGGCUGUCCGAAGCAGCAUCAUUACCUCGGACUCAAUCAGAAUCGGAGCCUGAGAGUUCGGGAUCUGUAGAUUCUUUGUCUUCGCUUACUUCACAAAUAACGGUUAUUUUUAAUGGAGAAACUUCCGCUAAAAUAGCAGAUGUAGGAGCAGCGGCUGGAGCACAGGUUCCGUAUCAGUCGAAUUCAUCGCAGGGUAUGCAGAAAACCGCCCCAGAGCCAUAUAGCAGCCAUCCAGGGCGAAGACCAAAGCCUGGGAAGCCAGCGCCAGUUACUGCUACAACAAAGGCCAGAAAUCGUAAAAGCAGGUCAAUAAAAGGAAGAAGACUAACCUCUUCGCCGCCAUCCACACCACCCCCACCACCAAAAAUGCCGCCAUCUGAUGCAGUUUCCAAAGUUGCCACCAACUGUCAACCGCCAGUGCCUCCUAGAGCUCCCAGUAUGUACGUUCAAAGUGAUCUCAGAUCGCUUGACAGUAUGAUGACCAGCAACAAGUUAAUUGACAAGGAGAUAAAGUCACCUCCACCUCCUAGGCCAGCCAAACCACCUUCAGCCGCUCAUUCUCUAUUAAUUACCAAGGCAAAGAAUUCUUUGCAAAACAAUGGCGUCAAAACCAACACUGCAAGGGACGAUGCUGAUACGAAAGGGCCGGAAAAUGAGGCAGUUUCUAGGGAUACUGAUGAAAGUCAGAAAAAUACUGUGUUAAAUGCAGACUUAAAACCCUGUGAUUCCAAUCUUAUUCAAAAAAGGACUGUGGUGACACAGUCAAAUGAAGCACCUAUCAAGCACAUAGAAGCAAGUGAAAAUUUUUCGCAAAAACUUGAAUUCUUUGAAAGUACCACUGAGAAACCAACAGAGCGAAGACCUCCAGCGAUCCAUGGUAAGGCAAAUUUGGAGCAUGGGAACCCGUUGGACGACAAAAUAGAAAACAGUCCCAAUAAAACCACGGAGGAGGUUCGUCGUGAAGGACAAGAAGCACUGGCAUUUGUUUGGCGCCUUAAAAGAGAGAACUCUGAAACUAAAGUAGAAACUAGAAAGAAAAGCCCUGCCCCGCAGAAGCCGAAGAGACCUCUGUCAUUUAGCAUGGAAAAUUUUGUAUUUUGUGAAUCAGUUACAACUGACAAGAAUGAAAGCCCAGAGGUUAAUGUACAGCAGAUUAAGAAAGCUCCUCCUAAGCCAGGGAGGUCUCUUGCAAGCUUUAAAGCUUUAAGCUUGGAUGAGGGUGCGAAGGAAGACUCGAAUAGUUUUGAAAGUAAGACAGUAAAACAAGUUGACUUGAGAUCAGCAGACACUACACUUUAUGAGAACCUGAAGCCUGAAAAUCGUAAGAAGGUUACCCCGAAAAAGCCUGUCAGAACUUCAUCUUUGAAGGUGAAAGGAACAUCCAAGAUCAUAUAUCAGGGGGGAAAUAGUGUACAAAAAAGAAUGGAAAGGAAGACAAUCGAAAACAGAGAAGAAUGUUGCAAUGAAGAAGACGUUGUUUCGAAAAGUGGUUCUACCAUCAAUUCGCUUCCACAAAACCUAGGCAAUUAUAAAGAUAAGGAAAUUUUGUCUGACAAUAUGCAAAAUUCAAUUACAGAGGAAGAUACUCAGAGAGCAGUUUGUAGCGAAGAGACUGAUGGGCCUGGUCCUGAUCAUUGUGAAUUUCAAAAUAAAAGAGAUAUUCCAAAGGAGAACCCCACAGAGAUCAAUGAUAACAAUAACAGAGAUAUUCCAUAUUCACCAUCGAAAACAAACGAAGCGACAAAUACGUUAUCGUCUCAAAUUGAAGAGCUGGAUAAAAUCUUACUGGAGACCAGCACAGUUUUGAGCGAAUCUUUCCGGAGCAUGGAUGAUUCCUUUUGCACUCAACAAAAUAGCUUUAGAAAUGAUAAUCUGCCAGUUGUCAAUUCAUGUUCUGAAGAUCCGUUCGUUAGAAACAUUGAAUCUCUCCAGUUUGAUUCAGGUCUUUGUAAUUUGAAUUCCUCCGAGGCUGGUGACUCGAAUGCAGAUGUUGAAACAGCUGAAAAUACUGUUAAUCGGGAAAACAUAGUUGAAAAAAAAUCUCAUAUCUUCAAUAAAAUUUAUAAAAAAGAUAUUGAAUCAAACUCCGCUAUAAAAAUUGUAUCAAGCUCUCUUUCGAUGAAUACUACUGGGAAAAUUACUGACAAUUCAGAGGGUGUGAAUAGUGCGAGUGGAAAGUGCACUGAUAUAGUUGCUGCCGAAACAGAUGAACUCGUAGGGUUUUCGCAGAACAAAAAGGGCAGCUGCUCUAAGCGUGACACUGAGAAAACGGAUUCUGAGGAAACAGAGAUCGCUAAGUCGAUCGAAAUUCAGUGCAGGUCAGGCGAUGGUGAACCGGUUCCUGUAAAUUCUCCUUCCGAUCAAACUUUUACUGAUAAAAAAUCUAGCAGGGAGAUACCUGUCAAGCCUCCGAGACCAAAGUCGUUUCCAAAAGUAAUAAACGCGUCUUGUGUUAUGAACUCAGCGCAAAGCGAGCGCAAAAAAGUCCCACCUAGACCAAUAGGUUUUGAGAAUUCACCUGUAAAAGAGAAUAGGGCACGACGAAAAUCGGCUCCAGCCAGGCCGGAUGCUCCAGUAGUGUCUUAUAGAUCAAGACCGCCAAUACCAGCAAUACUGCGGGAGGAUAGCAACGACAGUGAAUGCGACAACGUUCCAAAACCGCAUGCUAUAGCGCUCUACGACCGCAAAACAUCAGACACGAAAGAUCUUACAUUCAGCGCUGGAGACUUGAUAUCACUAGAAUUUCAAGUCAACGCUGAUUGGUUCUUUGGUUCAGUUGGCACUAAAAGAGGCAUGGUACCCGUGAAUCACAUGAAUGUCGUUGUUCCUCUAGAGUCGAAAAUUAUUGCACCUUGCAUAGAAAAAGAACUAUUGACACUCGAUCGACCUCUUGCUCUUGCGGUGCACCCAUUUGUCGCUGACAAUGAAAAGGAACUGACAUUCCAGUCCGGAGAUGCCAUUGAGCUUCUUUCAGAGAAAAGCAAUGAUUGGUUGGAGGGCAGAUGUAAUGGACGAACUGGGAUUUUUCCUUCGAGUUUUGUUGUCGUAGUGAAAUCUUUACCCCCUCGAACAAGUGAUAAUGACAUUUUAUCGGAAAAAACAACAUUGAACCAAGCGGGAAAAAUUACUGAAAAGAUUCUAUUAGAAGAUCCUAGUCAUUCCGGGCCUGUUAAUUUCAGAGAAGAAUUGCCUGUUUGUCUGUCAGAUGAAGAUUGGUCGGGCCGACUUUGUAUGGCAACGUCAGACUUUGUCAGUGACUCAAAGGAAGCUUUAAAUUUCAAGACCGGUCAAACAAUAAGAAUCAUUUCUAGAGAGGAAAAUGGGUGGCUGCGUGGAACCCUUUUUGAUACGACUGGACUGUUUCCACAAACUUUUGUACAAAUUCUCGAUGAAUAUUUUGACGCAGGCGUCCAGAAUCGUGAAACUGAAAAUGGAACUGAAAUUAAUAACUCUCCCGGAGAAUCUAUUACUGAAGAAAAAGCCUCAAAGCAUAGAAUUGAAAGUGAUGAAUCAGUGAGUCCAAAGAUUGAUAUGGAUAUUGAAGCCACGCUUGAUGUGACAGAAAAUACAAUUAAAUAAUGCAGUAAAAUGAUGCCAGCAAAGGGUAGAUGCUGCUUUGGCAGACAAGGUUCAGCCUAACCCAACACAAGUGAUUUGAGGUAUUCAACUGAAUAGUAGCCGAAAGAUAAUUUAAGGAUUCGUUUGUCUCAAUGAUUGGAAUGCCAAGAACGAUGCUUUUCGUUGAAGCCAGCGUUGCUUUGUUUUUAGGUUGUCAAAAAUAUAUCAUUUAACCGUUUAUAUGCUCCUUACCUUUAUUUGAGACUUUUUCUAAGAAUAUACGUUUUCUGUGAAAUGAGUUAAUCAAGAAGUGAUGGGAUACAGUUUGUCCGACUUGCUAUGUACAGAAAAUCUAGGACUGGUUCUUAAGCUGCUUCGGUGCAUGAAUGAUUCAAUCGAUGCAGCUGGCAAUACAAUGUGCUUUAAUUAUCCCUAAUGAUGAUUUCGUACAUAGAGAUUUAGAUUUUUUAGUAAGGGAGCAAAUUACAACACCAUAGACAGUGUUCUUCUCUCAAUUUUCAAAAUGCAGUUUUCGGAGUUAUGAUUCUUAUAAUCAUUUUUUUAAUUCUUUACGUCACAAAUUUCUAGUUUUUUAUUCAAAUUGUAGUAGUUGACAAUUACUCUCAUUUUAGCACUUAAGAUAAUGUACGUUUCAAAUGCCGGUUUUUUGUGAUAAUGUAUGAUAAUUAUGGGUUUCUCGAUUUAAUUAAUGCAGUUAUUUUUAUGUGAAAAAUAUGUGUGUAUUGUUAAUCAAACUCCUUUAACUAUAUGUAUCAUAUGUCACCUUUCAGUGGCUUUAUGACGUUAUAUCUUUUCUAAUAAUUUCUUCCCAUUCGGUCAAAGCCCACUGCUAGUCAAUCAAACCCAGCCAGUAAGGACUGUGCAAUCUCUUUUUAGUAUAAUGUUGAGAUUUUUUGAAAAGAAACACAAACAGUUUGAGCUUCAGAGGGGGCUAGAGAAGGGAGGCAAUCUCUCUGAAAGAAUUAAAAAGAACUAUUUCUCCUAUUUAUGCACUGAGCUAGAUACAACUUCUGCUAGAAAUGGUUGAAUUUGACUUCAAAGCGUUUCAUUUCUUAGCUAUGGAACUCUGGACCAUGGGCGUAGUGGAUGCUUGGAUCUUGCCCGAAUAUUAUUGCUUCGUUGAGUAAAACUGCACGAAUGGAGACUGAAAGCGAUCAUUUUUACCUGAUUUGUUUGGGCUGCAGUCUUUCAACAACAUCUCCUACGCCUAUGCUCAGGACAUUUCAUUUCGCAGUUGGAAAUUUCCAAUGCUAGUCCAUAAGAUUAAAUGUUAACUGCACCACGUUUUAUCAGAGAAAAAGACCCAUAUUUUGGCGAUCCCUUCUUUUUUACGUUUCAUCUAUUUUGAAUCAACAAAUAGAAUAGUUCAAUGAUAUGUUUGCUCUGAAGAAAGCACUUCAACUAUUUUACUAAUGAUUUUUAGUGUGAUUUCUAAUCUGUAGUUUAAUUGAUUUAAGAAAUAUUUAAAUAAUCUCUUGUAAAAGCGAUUACAAAUGACCUCAGAUAAGCUAGUCGCUUGCUCGUUUCAAACCAUUUUGCCCAGUAAGGGAUGAAUUUUGUUAUCUAUGACGUAAUUUCAGUAGGGAUCUCCUCCCCUUAAAUGUUGAUACUCAAUAGCACUGUUAAAAAUACUGUUAAAACCACCCAGUAACAGCAAAUGCCCUGCAAAGAAGAGUCUUUUUUUCCGUUAGCCAGGCUAUUCUUUGACCUUGUUUUAAAGGUGCAUUGGGAAGGGCACUGUCUUAGU